AUGGUACAAUCAAGACAUCGUAAUAUUGUGUUCCUGAUUCUAGUAUGCUAUACGCUUGCUCAACUGUGUUUUAUGUUGUUAUGGCGACGCAGUGUGUUUACCGAAUGUACACGAAAUAAGAUUUCGGGGUUGACACCAACAACAACAUUGACAACAAAAGGUGCAGAUGUAAUGUUCAAUUUAACAUAUUACCCGACACUUGUGCGGAAUCUGGAUUGCAGGAAGUUGAUCGAUAGUGAUAAUAUUUCUCAGUUUGCAGACAAGGUGAGGUACAUCGAAACUGAAGUUUGGUUUCCGGACAACACAUUUCUACAACUGACUCAAGAUUGCCACACAUUUACGCACGCACAUGGGUAUUUUAAUAAACCGGUUACGCGGGAAGAAAAAGACUUCCCAUUGGCAUUCGGCAUUCUAAUGUAUAAAUCAGUAUACCAGGUGGAACAAUUAUUGCGAACAAUAUACAGACCACAUAACACUUACUGUAUCCAUAUUGAUACGAAGGCUACAUAUGAAAUACAUGUGGCUAUGAAGGCUAUAGUAAGGUGUUUUGAUAAUGUUUUUAUUGCUUCUAAAUUAAACCACGUUGUCUGGGGAGAUAUAUCUAUUCUUGAAGCAGAAAAAAGGUGUCAAGAGGACUCGUUAAAGAAAGAUAAAACCUGGAAGUAUUACAUCAACCUUACAGGACAGGAAUUUCCAUUGAAAACCAAUCUUGAAAUCGUUCAAAUAUUGAAAGAGUUGAAUGGUAGUGUCGAUGUGAUGACUGGUGCAAUAGUUAACAAAAACAGGUUGGACUCGAUAUGGCAAAUGAAAAAUGAUCAGAUGCAAAAAAUAUCAAGGAGGUUGGAUCGCCCGCCAAGAAACGUCACUGCCACUAAAGGUGAACUUCACUGUGCACUCAGUCGUGUGUUUGUUGAAUUUCUCUUGGAAAGCGAUAUCUCAAAACAGUGGUUUGCAUGGCUAUCACAGUCACUCAUUCCGGAUGAAAUGUAUUACAAUAGUCUUGCAUUGUUAAAAGACGCACCCGGGGGACUCUAUCCACACACACACUCCGAUGUAAUUUCAAGGGCAAAAGUAUGGUCAGCAUCAAAGAAACCAUGCCAAGGGAAGUAUAUCCGCUCUGUAUGUGUAUUUUCCUGGAAAGACUUACCCUGGCUUUAUAAGCAGCCUCAUUUGUUUGCUAACAAAUUCCACGCAGACAAUGAUGGACUUGUUCUACGGUGUCUAGAAGAGGAGAUCACGCGUCGAAUAUUCAGUCCAGUGAUGCUUAAUAUUGAUUUUUACAUACGGUUUGGGAGGUCACAUACAUUGAAUAGCUCAUAUGAACAAUGGCAAAUAACAGAGAUAUAA